UUUUAACAGGGUCAUGCAUUCGCCGCCUUCUCCCCAGGUGCUGGUGUCGCCCCCUGACGCCACGCCUCCGCCUGGGCUGAAUAUCUCACUGCACGAACUCAUGGCGACGGAUCCAUGCAUGAACCCCCCCCCUAGCUCGACAUCGGAGCAUCAUUAUGACACAUCAAGUCCGGCCAUAUGGACAACGGAUCUCAUGCUUGCGCAUAACAGCAGCAGCAGCAGCUUGAGAAACUUGGCAGCCACCAGUACUACGACAAGUACAUCGAACGGAUUACCGCCGUUGUUUACGUACAACGACAUCAUUCCUGAUACGAUCGCAAUGCUGCCGCUCCUGCGACUCCCCCCCUCUCGAGUAGCGACGUCCCCUGAAGUGGCAGUUGAGUCGCCGCCAGACUCGUUUCGACGACGUAUUUGCGAUGUCGCUGGCUGCACCAGUCAAGCCCGGGCAUACGGCAAAUGUAAACGCCACGGAGGGUCCAAGCGCUGCGCGUCUGUGGGGUGCACAAAAAGCGUCCAAAGCCGGGGGAUGUGCAUUCGACAUGGCGGCGGGUCACGCUGCGCCGUCUCCGAGUGCAACCGCGCCGCUCAGAGCCAGAAAUUGUGCAAACUGCACGGCGGCGGUCGGCCGUGCUUGGUCGACGGCUGUGUGAAGAAGGCGCACCUGCGUCAGCUGUGUCGGCAGCACGGGGGCGGGGCUAAGUGUGCCAAAGACAACUGCGACAAGUGGGCACAGCGCAACGGACUGUGUCUCACCCACGCCAAACGAGACGACGAAGACUCAUUGGCGUUAACCGAGGCCGCAUCGAUCGUGGUGUAGACGAUCGAGAGGCGUUCGUUGAGUCUUGCGUAUUUAACAACGGGGAAAAAACACGAUUGUGCUCGUGUUCUAGGAUGUUGCAACGUUACUCAUGUGUAAUAACAUGCACUUUCAAUACC